AGCCGCGUCAGCCUGACAGUUGAGCAUAGAUAGCGAAAGUGAAUUAGAUUCUAAUUUCUGAUUUUUAAACUUAUAAAUAUGUACGUCGGUCAUUUUCAUUCACAAGUGUGCUGGUCGUCCUCGAGCUUUGGAAUACUUCCAUUUGUCCCAGUUUGUGAUACAAUUUUUCUUCUUUUUCCGUGCAUUCGUGGUUCCAGGUUCAAGGAAAAGUUGGGUUAUGUCAUUUACAUAACCUAAUAAAUAAUAAAAAUAAAAGCGUGCUACCAAAACACAUUUCCUUUCAAAAAGUUUACGCAUACCUUACAAUGAGUGUUUUUGAAAUUGUAGCUGGCACAUACGAAGAAUUUCUUCUGGGAUAUAUUUUUGAUAGUACCGACUUGAAGUUGACCCAGAGCUUUGCGACUCACAACCACACAAGCAGCGUUAGGUGUGUCGCUACAGCUGGUCAAUAUGUAGCUUCUGGUUCAGCAGAUGACCGUCUAAUGAUAUAUGACAUGAAAAAACGCAAAGAGCAUUGCAUGCUUACCCAUCACAAUGCCACAGUCAAUGCAGUGCAAUUCACUGCAAAUGGAAGCCAUAUUUUGUCUGGUAGCCAAGAUGGGGUGCUGUGUAUAUUGAAGACAGGCAACUGGAAGCUAGAAAAGGUUUGGGAUAAGGCACAUAAGGGCGAUGCCAUACAGGAUAUUGCAGUGCAUUCUUCAGGAAAACUAGCACUUACAUUAGGUCAAGACUAUGCUUUAAGAACAUGGAACUUGGUAAAGGGUCGUCAAGCUUAUGCAAUAAAUCUAACCACAAAAAGCAAAGAUUUUAGGAGUUUGGAAAAGAUAGCCUUUUGUGAUGAUGGGAUUAAAUUUUUGCUGUAUGGAGGGAGAUACACUGAAAUUUGGAGUAUUGAAACAGGUGGCAUAAUAAAAGCUGUAGAGCACCAAAGUAAAGUAAGCUUUUGUGUAUGGACUUCAAAUGAUUCAUUCUUGUCAGGCCAUGAGGAUGGAACAGUGAACACAGUAUAUGUUACUAAAAGUGAUGUUGAAUCUGUAAAGGCACAUAAUAGCAGAGUGAAAAGCAUAGUUAAACAUUCAGAUUAUGUGAUCACAGCAUCUAGCAAUGGAGAGAUUAAGGUUUGGACUCAGGAUUUAGAAGAGUUAGCAAAAACUAAUAGUGGGUGUAGAAUUACAUGUUUGUGUAUCCUUCCUGUGGUCGAGAUAAAAAAGGAGAAAGAAGAUAUCAGUGAAGAAGAACAGGAAGUAAUCAAUGUUUAUAAAGGAAGAAGUGAAGUUGUGAUUGAGAUGGAAGAUGAAGAGGGAAAUGUUAAAAAGAUGAAUAAGAAAAAGAAGAAGAAGAAGAAAAUACAAAAGAAUGACCAUGAGGAUGAAUCAAGAAUUGUUACAAAUGUGGAAUCAAUACUUGAAGGUACUGGUGAAGUUAAAAGGAAGAAGAAUAAAAAGAAAAAGAGAAACUUGGAAGACUCUGCAGAUAUAAAUGGGAGUACAAUUGAGAAUGGUGAUGUAGAAUCAGCAUGUGCAAUUCCAAGUAAAGUUACGAGCAAAAAGAAGAAAAAGAAGAAGUCUGAAGAUUUUGUGGAAAUAAGUGAAAGUAUAGUUGAGGAAGCAAUAUGUGAAGACAAGAGAAAAAAGAAAAAACAUAAGAGGUCAGGAGACUUUGAAAAUCAAAGUGAGAGCAUGGAUGGAGCAUCUAGUACCUUAGAAGAACUGACAAUUCAUUUGAAUGAUGCUAAAAAUAGAAAAAGGAAAAGUCAGGAGCCCAAUACAGAGUUAAAAGUAAGAAGUAAGAAAACAAGGCCUUCAAGUUUUACAAGUCACUCUCAAAUAAAUAGAGAUAAUUGUGUUAGGCCUAAAAAGAAGAAAAACAUGGGUAAUUAAAUAUAUGAUAUUUUACAAGAUUUUUUAUUUAAUGUUUCCACCCAAUUCCCAUUUCAUAUGUUGUACUACACAAUAUAAAUAUGAUAAAUGUAUAUUUCACAAUGUUUUGGAAGUUUGUG